AUGGCGCUUCCUGCUCAACAACGACACCAGGCCGCUUUGCAGCCGGGCGACUUCUUGGUGGUCAUCCACGAUUUCGAUGCGCGAAGUCCUGAUGAAUUGACCCUUCGAAAAUCAGAUCAUAUCCAGCUUGUUGAGCUGGAUGACGGCUUCGGGGAUGGCUGGUUUCUGGGAAGACACCUUGGACGUGAGGCAACGGGCUUGUUUCCAGGUGUCUAUACCGCCAAACUCCCUCGAAACUUCUCUCCUGUUGGCCUCCCACCGACGAGAAGCCCUCCCUUAGCCGCAGAACAUUCUCCGUACAAAUCAGUCGAGCUUGAGGGUAACUCGCAAUUCAUGGGCUCGGCUUCCCAAGCUUCUUCGUUUCUCUCGAGAACCUCGAUGCCUCCCUCUCCCUCAUACAUCCAGCGUAGCAUCGGUCAAACGCUCGCAGGGUCAAACGGUGGCGAAGAAAGCCCGGUUAUGAACGAGACUCUUAGCGUUAUAGAGGAACACAUAACCGACCUGAGCACUCCUCGCCAAAGCCUAGCCCCUCCCCAACCUAUUAUGGAGGACUCUGAAAGCGAUUAUGGCAGCCACAUUGAUCGCGCGUCCUUCAUCGCUGGGCCUGAGACAGACAGCGAAGAUAACACACCCUUGCUCGAGGCAGAAGUCAAGCAGUGGGAUGCCAAAGAGACGGCAGAAUUUUUAAGAGGGAUCGGGGUAGAUCCCAAACACUGCGAUAUUUUCGAGGAACAGGAAAUCACUGGUGACGUUCUACUGGAAAUGGAUCAGUCCUUCAUCCACAUGAAGGAAUACGAUUUUGGUGUCAUGGGUCGCCGCCUGAAGACGUGGCACAAGAUCAGGGAUUUCCAGAAUCGGAUUCGAACCACAAACGUCUCGCAAAAGAGUGGGCUUCGACAGGCGAACUCGACGGAGGAUGCCCCGAGGAUGCCUACGCGUGUCAUGUCGGGCAACACAAUUCUGCCCAGGAUUCCGAGUCUCAUGGACGAACGAGGGCUUACACUCCGUCAGUCGCAGCAGCCUCAGGCGAGCAGUCACACUGCUGGCGCAUCCCCAGAACCGCCCGUAACACCUUCAUUCGCACGCCCACAGUUGGGAUCCAGCACUCCGCCAUCUCCAUGGAGAUCUUCCAUGGCUACCGAAAGUCCGACGAGGCCUUCCGCAGCGUCAAUCCGUGAAAUGAACCACUCUCGUCGACAUUCUUCCAUAGACUUCGCCAAGAACAGUGUGUCUGAUUAUGCACCCUCGUCCUCUCGAAACACUCUGCCUCGUCCCCACGGGAAAAAGGCUUCUCUGGACAGGGACUGGUCCAUGAGCAACGCAACGACCGCAGAUGCUGGCGAAAGCACUCCAUCGCUCAAAGUGAGCACGGCUGCAGAUACUAUGGAUUUGAGCACGACACCGCCUUUCCUGGGUGAUACUUCUACUGUCGAUCUUGAUCGAGGCUACUUCAGUGGCAACGAGGUCGAUAACAGGAAAACCCGUAAUACGUUGAGGAAAAGGGAAGGCGCAGACAGCGCCAGCCAUUCUCGUCAGUCGAGCGCAAUGGAUGACUCGAAGCAAUCAAAUCGAACUUCGAAAAGGCAUUCCCGGCUCAGUAGCCUCGACUCCAGUCGCAAUCCAACUUUGGUCUCGUCGGCCGCUAAAGCAUAUCAUAGCAGUUCAUACAAGGGACGAUUCCGAUCAGCAAGUGCGCGUAAUCUGAUUCCGCAGCGGUCACCAGUGGUCACCACGUCACCAACGGUUACAAAUCUCGAGGAUGAUAGUCUCUCAAAUGUUUCAUCUCCACGAGGGAUAAGCGCGACCACGUCACCAGCUGUACCGGCUUCUGCCCCAUUUACGACAAGCCAGAAAGCUCGGAGGUUAUUGGGUCUGCGUGCUGCUUCGGAAGCGGUAACAGGAAGCGAGAAAGAAGCUGCUGACAUGACAAACAUUACUUCCGAGCCGCUGAAGGAGAGUCCUCUGGCUUCGCCAUCGGGCUCUCAAACGCCCUCCGCCACAUCACGUAGCUUUGACAUGGACAAUACGGAUGCCUCGUCGAAAGGCACUACCGAACACCUGGGCCCGCUCCUACACACCAAAACAGUGGUACGAACGAAUCCCAAAACGAAACGACAAACGAGUGCAUACACCAGAGGUCUACUCCAAAUCUCGCCGGCAGAAGCUCGCAAAUUUUGUGACCACUCUGGCUGGAUGAAGAAAAGAUCAGCAGGUCUCAUAGGACAGUGGAAGCCUCGACUGUUUGUUCUUCGUGGUCGAAGGCUUUCCUACUAUUACUCUGAAGAUGACACUGAGGAAAAGGGCAUCAUCGACAUAUCAGGGCACAAGGUACUGGUCGCUAACUCAGACCCCAUAGCCACCCUUCAAGCCACUAUCAGCGCUUCGACACCAUCCAUAGGAUCUUCAUCCUCUCUCGCCGAGAAGUCACCAGACGCGACUCGCGGAUCUGGUGGCGGCACCCCGUUUUUCUUCAAGCUUGUUCCACCUAAAGUCGGCGUCUCAAGAGCCGUCCAAUUCACUAAACCAGCGGUUCACGUUUUCCAGGUCGACAACAUUAGUGAAGGCAGGAAGUGGAUGGGUGAAAUUCUGAAAGCCACCAUCGAGCAUGACCUUACGAGCUUUGAGACCACGAACCGACAGAAAACAAUCAGUUUGUCAAAGGCGAGGGCCAGAAAAGAACGACCUCCUGCUCUCAAAGGAACAGAAGGGCUUGGAGAAACGACGGCCGAAUUAGCCGAGAAACCAACACCUCUUCAGGAGAAAGACCCCAAUGAGGCUGGCCUUAAUAUACAAGGGCUCAACUUCAGUGAAUCCCAGAUCAACCUGUCGCUGACACCUGGCCUAUCAAGCGCCCCUAAAUCUAGCCACGAGGAUGAUGAGAGUCAGAGGACAUGA